CUCUCACGCCACUUUUCUCUUUCUUCCUUCUUCUAGUUUCUUGGACUCUCUCUCUCUCUCUUCAUUAUGGCUCAGGCAGUUCAGAAACUCGUUGCAAAAGUACCAACUUUAGUCGGUGCCGCUGUCACAUACUCCAAACCCCGACUCGCGACCUUCUGGCACUAUGCGCGCGUGGAGCUCGUCCCACCGUCCCCUGCUGAGAUCCCCAAAGCCAUAGAGGCCGCAUCGGGCCUCAUCAAGAGCGUGCAGUCAGGACGGUUGGGACAAACGACAGUAAAGGACGCCUUUAGGAAUGGACUCGUGGCCACCGAGGUGCUGAUGUGGUUCUUCAUUGGAGAGUGCAUUGGCAAAGGAGGCAUUGUUGGAUACAAUGUCUGAAUGUUGGACUGGUCUUUCUCCUUUUGCACUUCUACUCGUCUCAUUCUCAACAACCUGCACCACAUUUUCAAAUAAACAGUUUCCAUAGUCAUAGAAGUAUA